CGGGCGGUGGGGCCACCGCCCCUUUCCACCCUCGCACGCUUGCCCGAGUCGGCCCGCUGUGAUGGAGGAGGAGGCGGAGGCCGAGGAGCAGCAGCGAUUCUCUUACCUACAGAGGCUAAAGGCAGCAGUUCACUAUACUGUUGGUUGUCUUUGCGAAGAAGUUGCAUUGGACAAAGAGAUGCAGUUCAGCAAACAAACCAUUGCAGCAAUUUCGGAGAUGACUUUUCGACAGUGUGAAAAUUUUGCCAAAGACCUUGAAAUGUUUGCAAGACAUGCGAAAAGAAGCACAAUUAACACUGAAGAUGUGAAGCUCUUAGCCAGGAGGAGUAAUUCACUGCUAAAGUACAUCACAGAGAAAAAUGAAGAGAUUGCUCAGAUUAAUCUAGAACGAAAGGCAAAGAAGAAAAAGAAGUUAGAGGAUGAAAACAAAAAUUUAAAUGAGCCAGAAGAGGCUGGAGCAGACGAAAGUGAAAAUUAGACUCUCUCGACACCUGGAAAACGCAGUCUUCAGCAGGUAGAGCCACCUGGAAAUGUGUAUGGUCACAAAGGGAAUUUUGAAGGGAUAAGUAGAAAUU